AUGGCAAGCAUGUGCCUGUUCUGCUACACAUACCAUGUUCAGCAGAAGAGCCAGCGCCUUUUGUGGUCAUCAAACGAGAAACUACUGCUGACGGUCGGCCCCCAGUUGUGCUGGUUUACAGGGACUUUGGUCAAAGGCAAACAGCCAAUGAUCAAGGAUGAGCGUAAAGAUCGUGUCAAGGAUCUCAUUGUACUCGAUGAGCGAAAAGCUAAUGGCAUCGUUCGACCAGAGUUUUCUUCACCUGCAAUCUACCCCCUAGAUCUCAGUUAUGGUCCUCUUGUUGCUUUAUUUGCCAGUUUAUCAGACCUCCCGUCUAUUCAGCAACAACAACAACAACAACAACAACAACAACAACAGCAAUUUAUGUCUUAUACAGGAAGCCCAGCACCUUUUCAGACCUACCAAGGUUAUGCUUCUCCAGCCUUAACACCUUACCCAAUAUCCUAUUCUCCAUAUCUCCCGCAUGGAGUGUACCAUAGUCAUCAACCACCACCACCACCACCACCACAUCCAAUGAUUCCAUAUGCUUUGAUGCCAUAUCUAGCUCCACAAACAUACAAUGGCUAUAGUCAUAUCAGUACACCUACGCCACAACCGAAUAGUCUCGUCUCAACCCCCACGCUCGCCCCCACACCUUCAUACACACGUCGCAAACCGGUCAAUCCAGCUGUCUUGGAAAAUUCUAUUGCGAGUGAGUUCAAAUCAUCGCCUGUUCAGCGACAGAAUUCCGUACCUGCUGUUGCGCACCCCUUACCUGUUAGAUCUUCAUCCAGACAGGCGACCACACAGCCUGCACAGCCUGCACAACCUGCACAACCUGCACAACCUACACAGUCAACACAGUCUACACAGCCUACACGCUCGGUUUCAUUACAGAAUAGUCCACAAGCCUAUCGAGUAGUUCGGAAACCAAUUGACGCAUCACCCGUUCCUGAGCCUAGACGACACGUUACGUUUUCGGAUAAACCUCCCCAAGAAUAUCAUUACGAGCAAUACUAUUCAGAUGACUUUGGAGAAGAUGAUGAGGAAGAAGAAGAAGAAGAAUAUAGCGAAGAGGAAUAUAUGAGUAAUUAUGACGUUUACGCAUCAUAUGCUGCAGAUCCAUACUAUUCAAAUAGAGGUGAUUAUUAUGAAGACAAUGGAGAAGAUGAUGAAGAAGACGUUAUCACAAGACCGUGGUCGACUGGCAUUAUAGACACUCGAAAACCUUUACACUAUCCACCCGAAAGACAAUAUAGCCGCCCAUUAUCAAGACCUCUGCAUGGACCUGUAAGACAUCAAUCCCAUUCUCGGUUCCUUCCUUCACGUCCUGGAUGGUCGCACACUCAAUCUCAGCAUCGCAUACCUCAUACAAGAGUAUAA